AUGGAAAACAUCGACCUUAUCAACUACCGGCUAAAACGGCACAAUGAAGAGCGACGACAAGAGUAUCAAAUGCUCACGAAAGCUGUCGAGGAUCAGCAAAAGAAAACUGCUGCGAAGAAAGAUGAUCUCAAGGAUUCUUUCCAGGAGAGCAAGGAGAAGAAUGAAAUCGCCGAGGCUAAACAGCAAGAACAUGCGAUCUUGAUUUGCAACGAGCUCCAAUCGCAGCAAGUAAAGCAAGAAGGGAUCGUAAACGAGCUGGGUCGAAUUCAAGACUUUUCGAAAAAAGUUGAGGAAAUCAACGACGACCUAAUCAAAGAAGACGCCAUGUUGGAAAAAGCGUUGGAAACUUGCAAAACGACGAAAUCGGUCCAUGAUGCGAUUUGCAAGGAAGUCGAUGAGCUUCAAGCCGCGUGGGAAGCGAAGAAUGAGAAGAUCGAGCAGUUCCUUGAGCAGAAGCUGGAAGAUGUGCCAACUUAUGAAGACCCAAACUUCGAGGCAAAGGCGAUCGAGCAGGAGCGCAUCUUUCAAGAAGAAAUGAAGAAGUACCAACAACCAGUUGGAGACGAGGAAAAACUUGUUCGAUACGAGGACUUCGCGAAAAACCUUGAAGAACAAAUCGCUAAGGAAAUCCAUGUUCGGGAAGUCGAAGCGAAGGCUCAUGGCGAGUGGAUGCAGAAGAAGGAUGUAGAGAAAAAUGGACUGAUUAAAAAGUCGAAAGCCUUCUGCGAAGAGAACGAACAGAAAUACACUACUGCGAUGGCUGAGUGUGCCAAGCUCGACUCCUCUUCUUCCACUGGAGCUGGCACACGCGAUCGACUGCAAAAGAAAUUCAAGGAACUUGGUGAUCAACGAGUCGGCAGAGAGGUAGCCUGUGGAGAAAAGAAGGCCGAACUCGAGAAAGGCAAGAAAAGGGUCGCUUUCAUGAAGCAAAUGAAUGAAGAUAAAACCGGGAAGGUGCGCGAGCUCAAGGAGGGUGCGACAGACUUGAAAAGAAAAGUUGAACGAGCGGGUAAAUUGAACAUGCUCAAACGAGAAGACCUCGAGCCGGUAGCCAAUGCGAUUCAAAGAAAGAGGAUGACCAUCGACUCUGUCAUGAAUGAUCCAAUCUUCGCGGAAAUCAAGGAUUUGGAAGCGAAGUUUGCGGCAAUUCAGGUUGAAAAAGAGGGAUUUCUUGCAAAAAUCGAGCAGGCCAAAAAGCAAAAAGAAGAGAAGCAAGCUCAAAUCGGCGAACUUACUAAGAAGGAUGACGAGAAGCAAGCAAAAUUCAACGAGCUUGCUGCUGAAAAUGCCUCAAUCAAGCUUUUGCUCGAGGCUGAAAACGAGAGACUUCAAGAGUUUGAAGAAAAAAAGGAAGGAUUCAAGGAAAAACUGGCGAAGGGAGCCACGGCAAGAGAAGAGCUUCUCGAACGAAAAGCAAAAGAGCAAAAAGUCCUCGAGAGUAUUUUGGAAAAAGUCCUCGAUCAUGGACGAAAGGAGGCGAUCAUGAAACAGCGCCUCGCAAAAACUCAAGAAGAGCUGGAAAAGAAAGAAGCCGAUCUUGUGGAGCUAAAGGAGCAACUUCGCAAAAAAGAGGAGGAGAAGAAUUCAACAGCUGCACCUAAUCAUCAGACCCUUGUUUCUCUCCCAGUGCAAGAAAAAGAGUCCGAACAGGCUAUCAUGUCUGCUCCAACGCCCGUUCUUUCGCAUAUAUCUCCACCUGUGUUACCAGAGCAGGAAACAAAUCUUCUUAGCGAAGAAGAGGCUGCUCCUUCUGCACAAUCGAGCAUCGACACGACCAUUGAACUAAUGGCAUCUCCCCCGGCUCAAAAAGAAAUGGCGAGUGGAAAGGCUCAGAAGGCGAUUAUUCUCAAGCCAAGACAUCAGCGGAAUCGACGUUCGCCCCAGGAGCGAAAACUCAACUCUCAGCCCAUUUUGUCCGAAGACGAUGAAGUCAUUAAGCUUUAUGAUGAAGCAGAGCUCGCUCGAACAACUUCCCUCAUGAAACCUGCGCGAGCACCUGAUAAUCAGUCGCAAAUGUCAGAGGAAAGUUACGCGACUCCUAUCGGCCAGCAUCCUCCAACCAACUUGUGGGAGCUCAACAGAAAGAAGUCGACGCCGAAGGAGGCUGAAAACAUGUCAAGCCCGCCGUCAGUCCUCUUUGUUGGCGAAGAAGCAGCAGCGCCAACCGAAACCGAAUCUAUUGGCGACGACUCUCUGCUUGGAUUCCUAACCACACCAAAAAUUCCACCGGUAGCUGUUGUCAAGCCGAAAACACAGAAGCCGAUUCUCGGAGGUUCCCGAAAGAGCCAAUCACGCCAAUCCUUCCGAGAACCGAAGAAAGCUCGAAAUGCAAGCUCCCAGGAGUCCAACGCUUCUUCCUUGUCGCCUCUCUCUCGAGGCCUACGAAACCACGAAUCUCCUCCCCGCAUCCAGAUCAAGGAGAAUCAUAAAUACGUGCAGACGCCAAAAACUGACCGAGCGAGAUCGGUUUCGUCGAAGAUAGGACCAAAAACUCCAACGAAAUCGCCGAAGCCAAUCUUGAAGACGCCAAAAUCGGCGCCUUCCGCCUCUAGGAAAUGUUCGAAAUUUGCUGUUCUUUUGACAAUCGUUAAUGCCUAG